AUGAUUGAGGUAGUACCCACAACAUCUGUCCUGGUCUUAGGACUGGUACUUUUACUUCCAAUUCUACUCUUCCCCCAACUGAAAAGAUGGAUCCACGAGUCAUCGCCGUCAGCAAGUUUGCUGCCGCACUUACGCCUCUGGAAUAGGCGUUCCAAACAAUCCAGUGAGAUUGUCUCGCUGCGCAUGUACCCAAUCAAGUCCUGCCGGGGCUUUGAAGUGCACCGAACUACACUCAAAGAGCAUGGCCUAGAUCUCGACCGGCGCUGGAUGCUCGUCGACGCCUCAACAAACGAGUUCCUGACCAUCCGCCAAAUCCCCAACAUGACCCGCAUUGGAACAGGGCUUAGUGAAGAUGGCGAGGAUCUAGUUGUGACAAUUCCAAGUCCAGCUACAUCAAGUCCAGUAUCGACCCAUCAAUCUGAUACUGCACCCGAUACUACCAAAACAAUCCGCAUACCAGCCCACCCCACCCAAGAAUGGUUACAGGCCCACACCACCAUAGCCCCCGUCAAGAUCUGGGAAAAUGACACAGAUGGAUACAUUUACAGUGAUGAAAUCAAUGCUCCCUUCUCAGCAUUCAUGGGCCGUUCCGUCGCACUAGUCUAUAAAGGCCCAACACCCCGCGUUCUGAAAGGCAACGGCGCACCCAAACUCCUGGGCCGCGUCCAGGAAACCGGCUUUCCCGACGUCUUCCCAAUUCUCAUCGCAUCAGAGGCCUCUCUUGCUGAAUUGAACACGCGCCUCAGUUCCAAGGGUGUAGAUCCUAUUACCGUUGAACGGUUCCGACCGAAUAUCGUUGUUCGAGGGGAAACAGCGUGGAGCGAAGAUUCUUGGAAACUGGUCCGUAUCAGAGCCGUUAAUGGCUCUGGUUCUGAGAAGAAGGUGACGCAGACCCCGCUGGUUCUGGAUAUCGUGGCGCGUUGUGCGAGAUGUCAGGUCCCGAAUGUAGAUCCUGAUUCGGCACACAAGCACAAGAAGCAACCGUGGGAUACACUUGUUUCGUACCGCAGAGUUGAUGAGGGGGUUAAGUAUAAGCCUUGUUUUGGCAUGCUGAGUGCACCGAGAAAUGAGGGUGCUAUUGAAGUUGGAAUGAUGUUGGAGGUUUUGGAGGAAACGACUGAGCACCGGUAUAUCACUGGGUUCUAG